AGAGGGGUCUGCAGCAUGUGCUGGUGUUGGAGGAUGACGUGAGGUUUGAGCCUCGAUUUAAAAGGAGGUUGCAGACCAUCAUGGAGGACGUUGGAAAAGCUCAGCUGAACUGGGACCUCAUAUAUGUGGGCCGUAAACGGAUGCAAGUAGCUCAGCCAGAGGUGUCUGUAGAGGGUGUUGAUAAUCUGGUGGAGGCUGAUUACUCAUAUUGGACUCUAGGUUAUGCCCUUUCACAGCAGGGGGCCAAGAAACUCCUCGCUGCUCAGCCGUUCGGCAAGAUGCUCCCUGUGGAUGAGUUCCUGCCAGUCAUGUUCAACAAACACCCAAAUGCGGCAUACAUGUCUCACUUUGAUCCCAGAGAUUUGCGUGCUUUCUCUGUUGAGCCGCUGCUGUUGUACCCAACACACUAUACGGGUGAGCAAGGUUACUUCAGCGACACAGAGACCUCCACUAUUUGGGAUGAUGAGGCCAUCAGCACAGACUGGGACAGACAGUAUGCUAAAAAAACUGCUCAGCAGGCACAAAUUCGCUCCGUCGCUCAAAACAGCGUCACCGGGGACACACCACUGCCUGCAUCCCGAGCCUCGCGAGACGAACUCUGAGUCCUAGACAUGUUCUCAAACUACACAACUGAAUGACAACACACACUGACUCAUAGACAGCUCAUUCCUCAAGUCCAGCAGUCCCCUCCUCCUUGGUGACACUUCAGCCAAUAGCAUGACAGCUGGCUGGGAUGCUCGAACACCAUUGGCUGGCUGGUUGAUUUUGCACAAAGAAACACAAGCUCUUUUUAUUUCCACUUUAUUUAUUUCAUCAUGUCUUCCAGAGACAUUGAGGGACCAAACUGUCCCUGGUGGACACUUCAAAGUGUUAGAAGGAAGAAGACACUGCUGAAGGACUGGACGGAGGAACAUAGACAUAUGGGAGUUAGAUUUGGGUUUGCUAGUGGAUGAACAGAUGACAGACUAAUCUUUAUUUUAACGUUUUCUUUUAUUUUGUAAUGUAAAAACAGAUAUGGUUUAUGUACUGAAUAAAACACUCCUACAGCCUGUCCACAUUUCUACUGUAUAUUAUCAGGAAGGAAAUUAUAUUUUAAGUUGAAAUAUUUUAAUAGCAUCACAAAAUCACUUUUCAAUGUUAUUCAUGUGUCAAAUAUAUAUUAGAACCAUAAAUUAAGAGCAUUGAUUACAUACUUUUGUGGGGAGGUUGUUCGAAUCUGCUCUGUUUUCACAUAAUUCAGUUGUAUUUGAUUUAAAACUCUAAAAUGCAUUAAAUUGUCUUAAAAGGAGAACAUGUGACCUUUGACACAUUCACUGGUCAUUAAGUAUGUUUUUUAUGAAUAAGCGCAGCUUUACUCAAUCUAGUUCAAAGUGUGUGUGAGACAAAAGGUGUUUCUGUGUUAUUGUGAAUAUCAUAUUGUCACUAAUUCCUUUCAGAAUAUUCCAAGAGGCUCAUGUAUCUUAAAAAAGUGUAUGAUUCUACUGGGCAUUAUGUCAACUAUCAUAAUUUGGAAUGGCUGAAUGCAAACGCCAUUACUUUUUUCAAACACACUCCUAUUUUUCCACUUAACAGGCUGGCUCCUGUUCUCUGACAGUUGAUUUCAUUACCUUCUUUGAUGUCUGAAGAUGUCAUGGUGCUGGUGGUGGGCUGAUUCAAUAAA